AGACGACCUGCCCACGUACAAGGGCUGGAGUGUCACCUGCGAACCGCCUCCGGCCUCGCCUGGGAGCACAUGCGCUGCAAUCGCAGCUUCACCAUGCGUCACCGCGGCUCCAACCAACGGCACGGCUGGUGGCCUGAACAACAUGCAGGCGUUGCCAUACACGACGGUUCAGCUAAACCAUACGACGGCCGUUCAGGGGUCCCCCUCCGCUCCGGUGCUUGCUUCCUUCAACUUGCCCACCGGAAGCCGUGUCGCCUUCGAUUCAUCCGCCACCUCCAUCACCUCCGCCAGCCGCACCAUCACCUUUGUGUUCCGAGUCACCAAGGUAUCCGCCGUACAGUACCGCCUAGACCAGUUCAACGGCACAAGCGUUUUCUCCGGCGUCUACCCCGUAUUCGACCCUAGUGUGCCGUACACCGUGGCCAUUAGCAAGACCUGCGGAGGGGCGCUGCUUGACGAGCCGUCGUACACGCUGUGGUACUGGGCAACGGACGUGUACGGCAGGUCUAGCGCAGCUUUGUCAGUGUCGGUAGUGAUGUGACGUUAGUCUCGUUCGUUUGCAUGUAGCAUAGCGUGGGUGUAUACAGCAGUAUCAGGAAGGCGUCAGGUGUGCUAGCGAUGGUACCGCCAGAGGAAGUAAAUUAAUAGCAGUGUGCCGAGCCGUAUAAUAAUUGUACAGCGCUAUCCGUAUGUAUGAUAACGAGGUGCGAUAAAAGCAGGACGACAAGUAGCGUCUGUUUACAAGGGCGACUGUACUUCAGCCAACUAGCAGGAGGAUGCUGCUGCUGUCGCAAGGUGCCGCCAUUGUGCGCUUUCCGGGGCAACGGAAUAUGGCUUUCCGCUAUACACUUCAGGUGCUGUAUGCCCCCAUGGGGUGAUACUGGUGUUGCCUCCCUGUUGGACCAGGGAGGCGUUUGUUCGAUGGAUUGAUGGCUACGGCUUUGGCUGUUUAAUGCGAUGGGAUUGGUGCAUGUGAUCUUACACCAGGGACUUUAUGGCAGUGCUUCUUACUGGAUAUGAGGCCCAUGUGACCGGGAAGCAGCCGCUUGGCCCUAGCCGAAGGAUUCGUAAGCUUCGCCCAUAAGCAAUGUGCAAUGUACG